GAGUGUGUAUAGUCAAGUUGGCCGUGGUAUGGUAAACCGAAUCCAAACACACAGUGAGCGGAUCGAAACACAGAAUGUCCAUAUAUCUACGGUCAAUCGCAUUAUUGCUCUUUACAUGACCACUGAUAGUUGGUUGGACUGUGUUGAGGACUGUGUUGAAUGCGUCGAGAACGAUUUCUUGUAUUGAAUUGGUGAUCGAACUUUGGUCGAAGGGGUGCAAAGUUAUCUCUGAGGGAGUUACGUGUUUUUUAUGCUUCGUAAGUUAUUUUCCGCUGACAGAAACACUGCCAUGGGAUGCAGGCAAACAAAAAAAGCUGAUACGGACAUUCAGCCCGAGAAAAAAAAUCUGUCUAAUGACAAAGAUGAGUUUACGGCUAUUUGUGUGGAUCCUCGCUUGCCUUUAGAUGCCAGACAAAUUUUUAAGUUAAAACAAUCGUGGAAAGGAAUAAAACGAAACAUGGAACCAACAGGAGUAGAAAUGUUUCUCAGGCUUUUUAAAAGAAAAUCAGAAUUGAAGUCCAUGUUCAAAGAGUUUAAACAUUUGGAAAAGGAAGAUGAAUUAAGGGAUAACGAAGCAUUGGAACACCACGCGACGCUGGUUAUGACGACUUUAGAUGACGCCAUUACCAAUAUAGAUAACGUAGAAUAUAUAUCAUGUAUGUUGUCAGAACGAGGCGGCUCCCAUGUUCGGUUUAAUGGCUUCCAUGAAAAUAAUUUCUACAAUAUAAAAGAACCCUUUUUGGAUGCUGUCAAGAUCACGCUGGAGGAUCGAAGCAAUGAAUCUAUUGAAAAAAUAUAUAGUAUCGCAAUAACGUUUAUCUUAAAUACCCUGGCGAACGGUUUUGUGGAGGCUCGUGAGGCCAAGGAAGCCAAGGAAGCGAAGGAAAAACUAAAGUGAUAUUCUUGAAUGAUUCUAAACAUGAAGUGCAUCGACAUAUUCGAUAAACUUAACCAUGUUGGAUUAAUCAAUAAUAAUAUUUUGCGUUUUACUAAAACAUGGUUAAAUUCAAAAAGUGAAAAUGGAUAUACAUUCAAAAUGAUGGAUAUAACAGCCUAAUACAAAUUAAAUGUGUGUGGAGAGGGGACAGAUUUUAUGUAAACGCCAAGUUUAUGGUGCCAGUGACCUGAAUUGUGAUUAUUGUCAAGUUGAUGUUUGUGUAGUGUGUGCAUGAUGUGAUUAUUUGAGAUCAUAUGGAAGUAGAGAUGGAAUUACAAAAGUCGCUGAACAAAAAAGGGGAUACAUAUAUAUAUAUAUAUAUAUAUAUAUAUUACUUUCCUGCUUUGAUUUAGCAUUCAUUACUUAUAUUUUAUUGGAUAUCUUAUUAUAAUUGUAAACGUAUUUCAGAUUAAGAUUAUUUAUAGGUUAACAUACAAAAAAUGAAAUGGGGUUUAAAGUUCUACUGUUCUGCUCCCACUGGGCUAAUGACGGGUACUCUUAAGAAGAUAGAGGGGCGUUCAGAAACUUAGUGAUGUCCCCUAAAUUUUAUACUCCCAGUACUCAAGUAUAGGGUCAGAUCUUGAUGAGAAACGGAGAAAUUUAUGAAAUACAAUUUAUAUUCAAAUUAAAUAGGAAGGCUUGUACACCAUUGCCCCGAAGACUCAAGUAUAGGGCCAGGUGCUUAGACAAAUAUGAGAAAGGAAGAAAUUAGCAAUUACAAAAUAAUAAACUUUCCAUUUAAAUAAAAUAGGACUGUAUGCACACCACUGUACAAGGCAAUACUUUCAACCCCUAUACACACCACUGAGAAGAUAAGAUAUUUGAACAGGUUUACGUCGUUUACAAAUGUGCAAUCUUUCUAAAACAUCAAGUACAUUUAUGUUGAAUUUAAUGAUUAUAAUACAUAGGUUUAGUCUUCGAUUCAUAUCAUACAUACCGCAUUUAAAUAUCUUGCAUGGAAAAUCUACGACUUGACAUAUUUUUUCUUUUUUUUGUAUUUCAUUAAUAAUCGAGGACUUCCGCUGCUGAUACCACGGAGUCUGAAACUAUUCUUAUUAAAACUGACUUUUUUUCAGAAUUCCCAUAAAUUGUUCUUCUGUGAUUGUCUAGUCGAUCGUUACUUGUCUAGAACAGAUUCAAUAAUGGUAAUGCCUGGUGUUCGAAUAUUUACGGGUUGUUGCACGUGCAUAUUAGGACAUAUUAUUAAAGACGGAAUAUAUAAGAUUUUGAAAAAAAGAGCUGUUCAAAAAUAGAUAAUGAAAAAUGAAUCUAUUGAAAAUUUCAUUCUCGAUUGUCCAUUUUAUGGUUAAAUUUUAAAUCUCGAUUAUUAAAUUUCAUUUUCGAUUAUCGUUAAAUGUUAAGUCUCAAAGGUUUUCAAAUCCAUUUAAAUCUCGGCCAUCCCAUGUUCUAGAGAGUUGAGCCCAGGCCUUUCAUGUGAAUAAAUGCCAAAAUAAUAGUUUAUAUAACAUAUAAUUGGCAGAUUUAGCUUUUGUAUAAUGUAUCUUUAAUUCCGGCAUGGAUCAUAGUAUGUUGAAACAAACGUAUAUCAUAUUUUUCAUUUCCACGAACCUGUAUUAGAUAUAUUUAAAAUACAGAUGUGACGUCAUCCUUUGAUGUUGGAGUACCAUUAUUUCAAAUAAUCGUACGGGCAAUGUGCCAAGCGUAACUUGGUAAAAUACUGAACUCGAGUGACGUAUUUCAUUGCAAAGCACGUGCAAGUGUCUGUAUUUUAAGUUGUUUAAUGGUCUCGAGCUUAAGACAUUGCGUAAUAUAUUGUAAAAAACAUUCGGGCCUCGCGACCCUCAUGUUGUUACAAUAUAUUACUUAUGUCUCGCUCUCGACCAUUAAACAAUACAUAUUGACUCGAAUUUCGACAUAUACACUAAUAUUAUUUAGAAAUAUUAGGCUGGACUAGCGAGGUUACUAAAUGAAUUUAAAAUUUUAUAGGCGUUACACUUGUUAAGUACAGUUUAAUGGUCGAGAGCGAGACAUUAAGUUAUAUAUUGUAACAACAAAAUACAGACACUCUGCACGUGCUUUUGCAAUGAAAUGUGUCACGCGAGUCCAGUAUUUCACUAGUAUAAAUAAUGUAUGAUUGGCAAUUUGCCCGUACCAUUAUUUGAAAUAAUUCCACGCGAUCAUCAAAGGAUGACGUCACAUCUGUAUUUUAAUAUGAUAUAAUAUAAUAUCCUUAAAUGACAUUUAGAAGUAGAGGUAUAAUAUUCAUAAUAACACAACUUGAUAGUAUUAAAGGGGUAUUAAUAGUAUGAUUUUUAUUUAACCUUGGUGGUGGCCUCAGUCCCCGUUUUAUCUGUUAAUAAGAGAGAUCGUGAAGUCAUUUUCAAAGGGAAAUGUUGUUGUUAUAACUCUUAAUUAAUGUUAUGUUUUUAUUGUCUUACUCAUGAAUGUACUAUAAAUAUAGGUUAUUAUUCAUUAUUGAUCAUUGCUUGAUAAAGAUACCUGUAAGAGUAUUGAAACGUUGCAUGUAAUAAACCUAGAAGUAGUAAAUCCAUAAAGUUGUGUUAUUAUGAAUGAUAUAAUAUGUAGUUAAAUAUACCAAAGUUCAAUAUACUCGUGUUCAGGAUUAUAUAUGCCGGUUUGCUUUUUAGUGGAACUAAAUGUGUUUUAAUAUUUUGUCAACACAAUGAGUUGAUCAUUUUUAAACGAACAUACGAUAAUUCCAAAUUCAUUACCUACAUGUGCAAUGUGAGUGCAAAGACUUUGGACGGGUAAUGGCGUUUCCACUUACUCUUCUUCGAAUUGCAACUGUUCAGGAUUCCUUUACGUGUACACCAAUUGAUAUACGAUUGAACUUCGGAAUUUCGUCUCUAGUCACAGCCCCACAACUCGUAACCCACUACCCUACCACUCAACCAGCUAGAACUGCUUGACAUAUCGCAAAAAGGAAAUGACUGUAAUACUAAAUUUUAAUGCAGUACGUGUUAUUAUAAAUUAAUUCAUUGAUGAAAUAUAUGCACUUGUAGAUAUCGUUAGUGACUCAGGUUUUUAAGAGAUUGUUACUAUUAGCUUUUAAAUGGCAAUUAUAAGUUGAAAUGUGACUGAAAUACGUUUUUUGAUUCUAAUUUCAGUUAAAGAAAGUACUAUUGGACGUAUUUUAGUUUUUACAUUUCUUUCUAGAUACUGAAAUAUUUAUUAUUUUGUAUAGAUUCCAUCUUUAUUAUUCUGGAUUAUUUAUUCCAAUUUAGUGCGUUAUAACCUAAUUGAUUUCUUUUAAAAUAUAGAGGAAUUCGCUAUGUUAUACAUCGCUUUGUCUAUACAAUCUUCUCAAGUAGGAUUAGCGGAAAUUAAAUUGAUCAUGAUAAUCUUUGUGUCAUUUAUAAAUAUAUGUAUGUGCCUUUUAUGCCAUGUAUAAUUAUGUAUAAAGCAUUCACCAUUAUAAGAAAUGUCUAAUUAUGUAUAAUAAAUAAGUCACCAUUAUACAUAAUGUCAGAUUAUGUAAAAAGAAGUCACCAUUAUACAUAAUGUCAUAUUAUGUAUAAAGACGUUCCCAUUAUACACAUUGUCUAAUUAUGUAAACGGAGUCACCAGUAUACAUAAUGUCAGGUUAUGCAUAAAGAAACCACCAGUAUAUAUAAUGUCACGUUUUGUCUAAAGAAGUCACCAGUAACGACAUUCAUUACUCACUACAGUAUUAUGACUGCUAGGGAACCAAGGUUUCUUUGGGGUGUGUCCUUAACUUCUUGUAGUUUGUAACGUUCAUGUAGAUAAAUUAUGAAACAUUUGGGAGGCACGAAGAAAGUCAGAAUCCUCCGAAGCCUUCUUGCAUUGGGUGUCCCAUUUAAACCCGAGAUAACUAAAUGGGCUUACAAUGUCGGUGAUACAAUUCUUAUCAGAAUAUAUAAAACCUGGCAAUAGUAUUGUUGUUAAUAGCUAUGGCUUAUGUGUACAUGGUAUUAUAAAUAGAACAGAUAACCUGGUUGCUGGGGAUGACAUAUACAUGUAAGUAAUACGUAGAUGAUUGUUUCUUUUUUCGUUUAUUGUCAAUACUCUCCAAUAAAAAUAUAGAUUAUCUUGUAAUAAAUUCAUUUCAAACCU